AGAAAAUACAGAAAAUUUCAUGAAAUCAACGUAGUCUAAAUUUAGCUAAAUUUUCACACAACUCUACAGGCUUAGCUUGGUAACGUAAAAAAUAAGUGAGUACAAACGCUGCCUUUUGCUCGUAACAAGUAACAGCCGCGACCGCUUCUGCUCCUAGAUUUUCCCCUGUGGACUCGGAACUUUUUUUUUUUUUUUUCAAUUUCUUUUUUCUCAUCUUUUCUGUUUAUCCUAAAGCCUGCAAAAUUUGCAUUCAACAGAAAGAAAAAUUUUUUCUCUUUCUUCAUCAUUACCACUAAUCACCAUUGCCAUUGCUUUUCCUAUUCAUUCACUUUUUUUUUCUGUUACUUUUGUGGAAGUCUUUAAUGAUCAAGAAGCGUGUAGUUUAAGCAAAUACAUGGCCUGCAUGAAGCUUGGAUCAAAAUCUGAAGUGUUUCACCUCGAUGGCCAUACUUGGCUUUGCUCAAAUGGGCUUCCGAGUGAUGUCAUUGUGGAAGUUGGAGAAAUGUCAUUUCAUCUCCACAAGUUUCCAUUGCUUUCCAGAAGUAUAGUGCUAGAAGAUCUAAUUGGACAAUGUUGUGGUGAGGAUGGGAAAAGGUGUCUUCUGCGACUUGAUGAUAUACCUGGUGGAGCUAAAACCUUCUUGCUUGUAGCCAAAUUCUGCUAUGGAGUAAAAAUAGAACUCUCUGCUCUGAAUAUAGUCAGUCUUAGAUGUGCUGCCGAGUAUCUUCAAAUGAGUGAAGACCAUGGAGAGGGAAAUCUCAUCACACAAACAGAAAUUUUUCUCAAUGAAAUCUUUGGCAACUGGAGGGACUCACUUAAAGCUCUUGAAACCUGUGAAGAGGUUUUCUCACAUGCAGAAGAGAUUCAUAUUGUUUCAAGAUGCAUCAAUUCCCUGGCAAUGAAAGCUUGUGCAGAUCCAAGUUUAUUCAGUUGGCCCAUGUCAGGGUGCGAAAAUGUAAAGAGCCCAGAAGGUACUGUAUUUUGGAAUGGGAUACGUACUUCUGCUAAGCCACAACCUGUGGGUGAGGAUUGGUGGUAUGAUGAUGUCUCAUUCCUUAGCUUACCUUUGUUCAAAAGGCUGCUUCUGGCAGUUGGUUCAAAUGGCAUGAAACUGGAGAAGGUUGUUGGAUCAUUAAUGUAUUAUGCAAGGAGACAUCUUCCUUUGUUGGGUAGGCAAUCAAGCAUCGAGAGUGGUAACCAUGCUACUCCUGGAUCAACUAUUUCAACUGCAGCUGAUGCUGAUCAAAGGAAUCUCCUUGAAGAAUUGGUGGAAUUAUUACCUGAUCAAAAGGGUGUCACACCCAGCAAGUUCCUUCUUAGGCUUCUGCGAACAGCCAUGAUUUUGCAUGCCAGUCCAUCAUGUCGAGAGAACUUAGAGAAAAGGAUUGGGUCUCAGUUGGAUCAAGCAGCUCUUGAAGAUAUAAUGAUACCAAACAUUGGGUACUCAAUUGAAACUCUAUAUGAUAUUGACUGUGUUCAGAGGAUUCUUGAUCAUUUCUUGCUGGUGGAUCGUGAUGAUCCUUCAUCAAAUUAUAUAGCAGAAGAGGGACAAUUGAUGGCAGGUUCCCAUUCACUAACCCCAACAACAAUGGUGGCAAAUCUAAUUGAUAAUUAUUUGGCAGAGGUUGCACCUGAUGUUAACUUGAAGUUGACAAAGUUUCGAUCACUUGCUGCUGUUAUUCCUGAUUAUGCCAGGCCAUUAGAUGAUGGAAUAUACCGUGCAAUAGAUAUAUACCUCAAGGCUCAUCCAUGGCUAACAGAUUCAGAAAGGGAACAACUUUGCAGGCUUAUGAACUGCCAGAAGCUCUCAUUGGAAGCAAGCACACAUGCAGCCCAAAAUGAGAGGCUACCACUUCGAGUUAUUGUCCAAGUUUUGUUCUUUGAACAACUACGACUCCGAACCUCCAUUGCUGGUUGGUUCUUUGUUUCUGACAACCUUGAAAGUUCACAAAAUCCAAGUGGAAAUCUUGCCUUCACCAGAAACGAUGUGCACAGUCAAGCUGUUGCUACACAAGACCGUAUUAUAGCAGUUGAUGAAAUGAAGGAGCGAGUUUCAGAGCUUGAGAAAGAGUGCCUGAACAUGAAAGAGGAGAUUGAGAAUAUAGUGAAGACAAAGGGAAGUUGGAACAUCUUUUUCAGAAGGUUUGGUUUUAGCAAAUCAAAAUUAAAACCCAAUGAAGCUAAAGCAUCAAAACCCAAAAAUUCCAGAGGAUCACCAACAUCCUCUGCACCACUCUUGAAUGGAAAGAAAAAUCACAGCGGUGAGUUAGGAGACUGAACAUUAAAAAAAAAAAAUAAAAAAAAA